AUGUUCCAGCAUCAAGCGUCGGUCGAGUUAUCCUUGAAACCGCUUCGGCGACCGUUCGACGCCAACGCGCCAACUGCGCAGCUCGUCUUCUUCCUGCACCCUGGCUAUGCAGAUAACCAGAAUAUCCUGCUGACGCUGCCGGCGUUCGACUCGGGAGGCAUUCACCAUGGAACGGCGCACACGGCCUGCGCCAUUCUCGCUAACUGUCGCUGGGAUGGUUUCCUAUCGUUGAGUAGAACCGGAGCUAGACUGUCCGCGGGCCCGGACGAUGUGCUUCCACACGGUCGAUACUAUUUCUGCAUCGAGGGCGAGGACCAGUAUCCCGUCGUGCCUACAUUCGAGCACUUCCACUGUCCGGCGUCUCUCCCGCAUCUGUAUUCAUGCGCACCGAUUGUAACGAGCUCCGCGGACGACGCAAUUCGCCGCGACGGAAGCUGCCGGAUUACCGCCAUGUUCCUGUACACGGCUAACCCGGGGCGAGGCCUUGACACGCGAUGCGCCGACAACACCAUCCUGCUGCGUCGCGACUUGCAUAAGCUGUGGGACGACAAUAAGUUUGUGAUUGUGCCUAAACGUGGAAAGUGGGUGGUCCAUGUAAUGUGGAAUUCUUCGGUGGUCGACAUCCAGGAGCGAUAUCAUAACCUUCAGUUGCAGCCGCUGGCUAGCGUGUCGCGACAUUUCUUUCUGUGCCGGUUUGCCCUUACGGUAUUCUUUAAUAGCCCCUUUCUUGGCCAAAGGGUGACGAGAAAACUGGUUCUCGUAGAUCCCGAGGGCUCGACCGAAUUCCGAGUGCGAGACAUGACCGCGGAUGAAUAUCGGCGGAAAUUCUCGGGAUCUGCGAGGGCGAAUAGUGGGAGCCAGAGUCCCAAGAAGAGGCAAAGAUCCGUUCCAGGAAAUGAAGUCGAUGAUGGCUCUGCACCAGAACAGUCAGAGGAUAGCGAUGAUGGCAAUGUUGAGGAAAGAAGAGGCAGAACUCGAAAACGAAAAUGGGCAACCGAAGCUGCACGCGAUUCCUCUUUCUUUGAGGGUCUCAAGGAUAAGAACCUCGCAGCCACCGGUGAUCCGAGUCCAAGCCUCCGGUGGAAGCGGCGACGACCAUCUGAUGGCAUUGAUCGUCUCCAGACGCCACCGGGGUCGACGUAA